AUGGCUGAAACUAGCGGCUUGAAAACAGAUCUUUCUGUGGCGGAUCGUCAAGAUCCGGAAUCAGGAUCAAAAGACGAGCAUACGGCAACAGCUGCAGAAGAAGUUCAAAGCGGUGACAAUAAGGGCAGUGAAGCUGAACUCGCCUCAAUUGAUAACCAAGAUGUUAAUGAAAGUGUAGAGAAUGGAGAUGAAAGUGCAAAUGAAGCCAAAAGAGCCCGUGAAAAUGAGGGAAAUGGCGACUCAAAUUUGAAAGAAACUGAAGCACAAAACAGGAACGAAAACGCAGUCGACGACAAUGAAGAAGGCGAAGACGAUGAAGAAGAUGAAGACGAAGACGAUGACGACGAGGCGGGUCCUAGAAAGAAACAGCGCCAGGAACGUAAUCGAUUUUUGGAUAUCGAAGCCGAAGUAAGUGACGACGACGAGGAUGAGGAAGAUGAGGAAGAAUCCGAGCUGGUACGCGAGGGUUUUAUCACGCGUGGCGAUGAGGAAGAAGAAGAAGACACCACCGGACCAGAACGUGGCGAUCGGCUCCAUCGCCAACUUGACCAGAACCUGAGCAAAAACUCGGAAGAAGAUGCGCAAAAACUGGCCAAAGAAUUGAGAGAACGAUACGGUAGAAGUAGUUCCAAACAAUACAGGGCGGCUGCUCAAGAUGGCUACGUUCCUCAAAGAUUUCUCCUUCCUAGUGUAGACACUGCCACCAUUUGGGGUGUCAGAUGUAGACCAGGCAGAGAAAAGGAUAUUGUAAGAAAGCUGCUUAAAAAGAAGUUCAAUCUGGACAAGUCUAUGGGCAACAAAAAGCUGAAGAUCAUGUCCAUUUUCCAAAGAGAUAAUUAUUCGGGAAGAAUCUACAUUGAAGCUCCUAAGCAAUCUGUCAUUGAGAAAUUUACCACUGGUGUAUCAGACAUUUACCCAACGCAGAAGCUACUUAUUCCCGUGCAGGAACUACCUUUGCUGUUAAAGCCAGAUAAGUCUGAUGACGUUAGGCUUGAAGAAGGUAGCUAUGUGAGAAUAAAGCGGGGUAUUUACAAAGGCGACCUGGCAGUUGUUGAUCAAAUAAGUGAAAACAAUUUGGAAGUUCUCUUAAAAAUCGUUCCACGCCUGGAUUACGGUAAAAAUGAUGAAAUCGAUGCAGACUCAAAUACUAAAAAACAAAAGAGACCCACUUUUGCUCAAAGAUCCCCCCCACAACUAUUUAAUCCAACAAUGGCCUUAAGAAUGGACCAAGCCAAUUUGUACAAAAGAGAUGACAGACAUUUCACGUACAGGAAUGACGAUUAUGUGGACGGUUAUCUUUUCAAAUCUUUCAGAAUCCAAUAUCUCGAAACUAAGAAUAUACAGCCCUCAGUUGAAGAGCUGGCCAGGUUUGGUAGCAAAGAAGGUAAUCUCGAUCUAACGACCAUUUCUCAAACAAUCAGGAAAGCUCAAGCUGCGAGGGUUACUUUCCAGAUCGGCGACAGGGUCGAAAUUUUAAGUGGUGAACAAAAAGGAUCUAAAGGGUUCGUGACUAGAACUUCGACAGACAUUAUUGCAGUUAAUCUUCCACAACUAGGAAUGAAGGCUCUAGAAUUCCCAAUUUCUUCUUUAAGAAAGAUUUUCGAAGCUGGUGACCAUGUUACCGUAGUUGGCGGUGACCACCAAGGCGAUGCAGGUCUAGUUUUGGCUGUCAAGAACGGACAAAUUACAUUUGUUUCGGAUCAAACUAGAGCAAACCUAACAAUAUCCGCUAAUAAUUUGAGUAAAUCUAUGGAUUCCACUCCGACCUCUAGCGAAUAUGCACUUCACGACAUUGUUGAACUAAGUGCUAAGAAUGUCGCAUGUGUUAUCCAAGCGGGACACGAUAUUUUCAAGAUUUUGGAUGACACAGGAAAAGUCUCCACAAUCACAAAAGGUUCAAUUUUGAAAAAAAUCAUAACUCAGCGUUCUAGACUUACAACCGUUGACAAUAAGGGCAAUGAAAUCAAAAUAGGUGACACUGUUGUCGAAAAGGUUGGUGCACGUAGAGAGGGUCAAGUGCUUUAUAUCCAAACACAACAAAUUUUCAUUGUUUCCAAGAAGAUUACAGAAAAUGCCGGUGUAUUCGUUGUAAAUCCAAUGAAUGUCGAAGCCGUGGCCUCUAAAGAUAACUUUAUAGCUGGGGUGGGUUCCAUCGAUUUCAGCAAGAUGAACCCAGAUGUUGUUUCCAAAAUGCGCCCACCUCAACAAGCCAAUCAACAAACAGGCGUUGGACGUGAUGUGGCUAUGGGAAAAACCGUUCGAAUUCGUUCAGCUGGCUACAAGGGACAGUUGGGUAUUGUUAAGGACGUCAAUGGCGAAAAGGCCACUAUUGAGUUACACUCUAAAAAUAAGCAUAUCACGGUGGAUAAGAGAAAGCUGAUGUAUUACAAUAAAGAAGGUGGUGAAGGUAUCACUUACGAUGAUCUCGUGAACAGACGCGGCAGAACACCAAACGCUAGAAUCGGGCCAAGCUACGUUAGCGCACCAAGAAAUAUGGCAACAGGCGGUAUGCCUAUCGGAGCCGGAGGACCCGGGUCAUCUGCUUUAUCGGGAGGAAUGACACCAGGCUGGAAUUCGUUGGAAGGUGGUAAAACGCCUGCUGUAAACUCUGGAGGUGCUGGUGGUACUUCUGCGUGGGGUGGAGCCUCAACAUGGGGUGGACAAGGUGGGUCUUCGACGUGGGGAGGCCAAGGAGGGCAAGGUGGUCAAGGUGGUCAAGGCGGUGGCGCGUCUGCUUGGGGCGGUAAUGGCGCCACCUCUACAUGGGGAGGAGCAUCUGCCUGGGGUAACAAGUCCAGUUGGGGAGGAGCUUCUAGUUGGGCUUCAGGAGGAGAAAACGGAGCCCAAUCCACUUGGGGAGGAGACAAAUCCAGCUAUGGUGGCGGAUCCGUGUGGGGUAAUCGCGACGGUGGUACCUCUACCUGGGGUGGUGGUACAAAUCGAGAAGCUAACCGAGAAGGCGGCAAUUCCACUUGGGGUAAUGAAGGCACGGGCAAUAAAUCUGCCUGGGGCGAGCAAGGCAACAAAUCGUCUCACGGCGGCGGUAGCACAUGGGGAAGUCGCUAG